AUGGGCUCCCGGCAGCAUGUUCGGGACAUCAAAAGCGGUUCCCCGCUUCCCUAUACAGAUGAUAUCAGGGCUUACAAGAAGGAGUAUGCCGAAGCUCUUGAUGCUCGAGAUCCACUUCGGAGCUUCCGGGACGAGUUUAUCAUUCCAUCCAAGAAGGAUCUCAAGCGGAAGACUCUGAAAGGAGACCAGGGCAAUGAAGCAUCCGAUGAAAAAUGCAUCUACUUCUGUGGUAAUUCACUUGGAGUUCAGCCUCGUAGCACCCGGAAAUAUAUUGAGCAGUACCUACGGACUUGGGCAACCAAAGGCGUGACCGGGCAUUUUGUACCGCAUGACGAUCAACUGCUACCUCCUUUUGUCGAUGUUGACACCGCAGCCUCCAAGCUGAUGGCUUCAGUUGUCGGUGCUUCUCAAAGUGAAGUGGCUGUCAUGGGCACUUUGACUGGCAAUCUGCACCUGCUAAUGGCAAGCUUCUAUCGCCCUACCAAAGAGAAGUAUAAGAUUAUACUGGAGGGCAAGGCUUUCCCCAGUGAUCAUUAUGCGGUUGGGUCUCAGCUUCGUCAUCAUAACUUUGAUCCAAAGGGCGGCAUGGUUUUGAUUGAACCUAAAAAUUUAGAUCAACCCACCCUGAGCACGGAGCAAAUCAUCAAAGUCAUUGAUGACAACGCUUCCAGCACCGCACUCGUCCUUCUGUCGGCUAUUCAGUUCUACACAGGGCAGUACUUUGAUAUCGAACGGAUCACGGCUCACGCCCACUCUAAAGGAAUCUUGAUCGGCUGGGACUGCGCUCAUGCCGCUGGCAAUGUGGAUCUACAACUUCACGGUUGGAAUGUGGAUUUUGCAGCCUGGUGCAAUUAUAAGUACCUUAACAGCGGGCCGGGUGGAAUAGGAGGACUAUUUGUCCAUGAACGUCACGGUUCCGUAGAUGAGAAACAGCCCGAAACUGACGAUACAUUUCGGCCUCGACUCUCAGGUUGGUGGGGAGGAGAUAUCAAAACGCGUUUCAACAUGGAAAAUAAAUUUCUGCCACAACCCGGUGCAGCUGGAUUUCAGCUGUCGAACCCCUCUGUUCUAGACAUCAAUGCCGUUGUCGCGUCUCUCGAAAUCUUCAACCGGACAACAAUGCAGGAAAUUCGACAGAAAUCUCUCAGCCUCACAGGAUAUCUAGAACAUCUUUUGAUGAAGUAUCCUCUAGAUGCAGCCCCUGAAGAUAAACCAUUCACCCUUAUCACGCCAUCAAACCCAGCCGAGCGAGGUGCUCAACUCAGCCUACGUCUCCAGCCAGGGUUGCUGGAUCAUGUCUUGCAUUGUCUGGAGGAGAAGGGUGUUGUUAUUGACGAGCGGAAACCAGAUGUGGUUCGGGUCGCCCCUGCGCCUUUGUAUAAUACCUACACGGAAGUGUGGGAGUUCUGUCAGAUCUUUUUGCAGGCGUGCAAAGAGGCCAUGGCGGAGAAGAAAACACAAUCUACUUCGCAACCGAAACCCGAUCAAGAUGUGGAUGUAGGGCGAAGCGGAGAUCCUGCUGAUGUUGACUACUCAGUCUUCACGGUCGGUCAGCGCAGAUAUAUUGUUUUUAUGGCCUCUUGGGCUGGUUUCUUUUCGCCUGUCUCUUCUCAGAUCUACUUCCCUGCAUUGAAUACCUUGGCGAAGGAUCUGCAUGUAUCAAAUUCAUUGAUCAAUCUGACUUUGACAAGUUAUAUGAUUUUCCAAGGACUGUCGCCCAUGUUUAUUGGUGACUUUGCGGACAAAGCUGGCCGACGACCAGCAUAUAUCUUGUGCUUCACCAUCUACAUUGCAGCUAAUAUCGGACUUGCCCUACAAAACAAUUAUGCAGCUCUUUUUGUUCUCCGAUGCUUGCAAAGUGCAGGAAGCAGCACCACCAUUGCCCUCUCAUCGGGAGUGGUCUCCGAUGUAGCCACUGCAUCGCAACGAGGUUCCUAUAUAGGAUUCGUCACAGCAGGGUCUCUCAUGGGCCCCUCAGUCGGACCAGUAAUUGGAGGUCUAUUGUCUCAAUACUUGGGCUGGCGGGCAAUCUUCUGGUUUCUGACCAUUUUUGCAGCGGCUUUCAUGGUUCCGUUUCUAGUUUUCUUCCCGGAAACUGCUCGUGGGAUUGUCGGCAAUGGCUCACUGCCUCCUCAAAAAUGGAAUAUGUCCCUGAUCAGCUAUCUAGAGUCCCGGAAGGCUCGCGAGGAAGGUGCCAUAUCUACGGCGAUUACAUCCAAGCAAAAACUCACGUUCCCCAAUCCUUUCCAGACGCUGGCGAUUGUAUUCCAGAAGGAUACCAGUCUAAUCCUCUUCUGCAAUGCUAUUCUUUUUGCUGGUUUCUACGACGUGAGCGCCAGCAUUCCUUCUAUCUUCAAUGAUCUCUACGGGCUAGACGACCUCCAGGUCGGUCUCUGUUAUAUUCCGUUUGGCCUCGGUGCGACCAUCGCCUCCAUUGUCAACGGCAAGUUCCUGGACUUCAAUUAUCGCCGACUCGCAAAGCAGUUGAAUUUCCCACUAACCAAGAACCGCGAAACUGACUUGCGGAACUUUCCUAUUGAGAAAGCUCGUCUUCAGCUAGCAUUCCCUCUUCUCAUCUUAGGAAGCAUCUCCGUCCUUGUGUUUGGAUGGUUCUUGAACUAUGGGAUUCAUCUCGCUGCGCCAACAUGUAUUCUGUUUCUCAUGGGAUUGACCUUGACAGGAGCAUUCAAUACCAUCAGCACACUCCUGGUAGACCUCUAUCCAACACAAGCGGCCAAGGCCACUGCUGCCAAUAAUUUCGGGCGUUGCUUACUGGGAGCCGGCGCAACGGCACUCAUCGAUCCUAUGCUUUCUACUAUGGGUCGGGGGUGGUGUUUCACAUUCAUCGCGUUAGUGAUGAUCGCCACAACACCGCUGCUUUUGAUUGUGAUUCGAAAGGGGCCGGGUUGGCGCGAAGAGCGUCGUCUGAAAGAGGAAGCUAAGAACCCUAGGAACGAGAAUGAUACCGAAAUGACAGCUCGAUGA